AUUAAGUUUUAACAAUUAACAUGAAUCUAACCUAUAACCCGGAAAAUUACUUAUGUUUAAUUUAGAAUAAAUUUACAAAAAAGUAGUUUAGUUGUUUUGUAUAAAUACUACAGUGGAAAAGACUAAAGAAGUAUAGGCAAUAUGAAUAUCAUCAUGAAUUCAAUUUCAAGAGCUUCUGCUCAUUAUAGUUUUGGUAUGAAAAUGCCAUUACGAAAUUUUCACGUAACAAAAGUGCAAUGCUUAUACUCCCCAUCAGCUCUGGGGAUUGAUGGAUAUCUUCAGACGAGGAAGAAGAUAAAAGAACAAUUUGCCCAAUUCACUGACACAUUUAGAGCCAAAAUGAAUGACUUUGUACAUGAUUCAAAACAUAUGAUUUUUACAGAAGAUCUUAAGAAUAUGGUCCACAUGGCUGAGCCCACAGACUUAAAUUUAGUACUCGAUAUGGUUAAGAAAUUUAAUACACAAAAAUCUGAGUUUAGAUUUGGAUCAUUUGUGUUUGGACCUGUUGUGAUGAGGAUGUUCUAUUUUCUAGAUGCUCCCACUGAAGCUUUAAAGUGUUUUGAAAACCCAGAUAAUGCUGGCUUCUUUGAUCAAUUAAUCAGUUACCAGAUAUUAUUGGAUCUUCUCUACAAUCAUGAGAUGUAUGAUGAAAUGUACAAGAUAUUUGAGAAAGUACAGGAACGCCAGUUGAAUAUGACUAAAUAUCCAAAGUAUCCAGUUGUUUUAAUACUUGCUGCUUGUUAUAAACAGAAUACACCAGAAAGCUACGAAUAUGCAAAGAAAUUAUGGAAGGACAUGUCUGCUUUAGGGACUUCGCCUCUUCGUAGAAGUUGUACAUUCAUGAGCGCCAUGGCUUUAAGGAAUAAUGAACCACACAUAGCUCUAGAGUGCAUAUCAUUACAAACACCGCAUUACGUCACAAUUAGGAAUAUUAAAGUCAUAGCUUUAUGCCAAGUGGGUAGGAUUGACGAUGCGUUACCAAUUCUAAGAGGUGUUUUGGAUGUAGACUCUCCGAGUAGAUUAGACAAACACACGUUCUUUUCAGAGACGAUAAAAGCAGCACAGGAAGCGAUAAAACAAAAGAAUGACAAAGAUCUAGAAAACUCGUUUCAAAACAUCGAAAAGGCUUUGCGGGAACGCGACCUUAUAGAUGAUCAGACUUUAGACAAGUUGGUGACUAGCGAGAUUAUGAUAUCUGUGAAGAAACACGACAAACCUCGUGGUAUGCCCAAAAUGCCGUUUGGUCAGAGGCAAAGGAAUUUGAGCUAAUUACAAUAAUAAAUGUCAUGCAAUAUAUGAUUCGUACUAUGUGAUAAUGUAAAAUUAAUGGUAUUAAAAUGUACACAAGUCUGACUUAAAAAUAAAAUUUAAAAGAUUUAUUCAAAUAUACAUAAAACGUAUAUUUAAUGACAUAAAAUUACGUGGACUGCCAUAUUGCACAAAUGAUUUUAUAUUAGAUUUUAUAAUUUCCAAACCUACUGUGAAUAUGUAAGUGUUUUUUAACCGACUUUAAAUGAGGAGGAGGACAUCAAAAGUAUUUUCAAGUUGCAAAUACUAAUUUUGACUUUUACUUCAUUUUGAAAUCGUUUAGAGAAAUUUAAUUUUGAAAAAAAAAUCUAAUAACUUAUUCAGGGAGAAUUACAAUGGUGAAUGAAAGUGGUCCAGUAAUUUUUGAGUUUGUUACCAACAAAUCGUUCCUCUUUAUAGUAUUAAUAUUGAUGUUUAUGUAGUACGAAUCAUUUGUACUAGAGGAGAAAUUUGCAUUUUGAUGUCAUACAAGGUUUAGUUGUCUUAAAUUGCGUGCGAGAAUGUGAAUGUUUAAAAUUGUUCAAAAUAAAGUGUUGAUUUAGUAUG